AUGGAGGCCGAGCCAGCCCCGGACUUCGCCAUGCUGCGAGAGCUGCUAGCGCCGCCCUAUCUGAACUCUGAGCCGCCCCAGGAACCCCCGAUCCAGCAGACACCAAGGACCCCAGGAUGCCUCAGACCCAGCGGCAGGUCCUUCUGGCCUGCACACCAAGACUCCGUCACCGCCCUGCCUUUCCUCCAAGAGACAACAGAGGAGCUAGCCGAGACCCCCGGGGACACCCAGGCCCUAGGGCCCUACUGGGAGCCGAAGGCCCUGGAGAUCCCGGGACCCCUACCUCUAGCCAAGGAUGCCAAGAACAUGCUGACCCCAGCCAACCAGCAGAGCCCCAACCUGGGGCCCCCACGGGCUCCCCCGACUCCUCCAGCCCAACCACAGAGGAGGCCCCGGAAGCAAUCAAACCCCCAGCGGAGCGCCGAAAAAGUGGACCCUCUCUUUGAGGGGGUGACCCUGAAGUUUCAGAUAAAGCCGGAUUCCAGCCUACAGAUUAUACCCAGUUACAGCCUGGCCUGCAGCAGCCGUUCUCCAGAGCCUCCUGCUCCAGGCCCUGCCAGAGGCCCAGAGGCCAACCCGGGAGGCAGCGAGGCCCUGGGACCCCGCCGCUGUGCUUCCUGUAGGACCGAGAGGACCCCUCUAUGGAGAGAUGCUGAAGAUGGUACCCCUCUCUGCAACGCUUGUGGUAUCAGGUACAAGAAAUAUGGCACCCGGUGCUCCAGCUGCUGGCUGGUGCCCAGGAAAAAUGUGCAGCCCAAGAAGCUAUGUGGCAGAUGUGGGGUGUCCCUGGGCCCCCACUCAGCCUCAGCUCAGGAAGGGUAA